AUGCCUGCCCGGACCCAGAACCAUAAAACCAACCAUGCCCGCCACGCGCGUACGACGUCCUGGACGAGUGCUUAUAAUCUCACCAAGGGCCCCGGCGAACCCUCCGACUCCCACCCGCCACGCCGCCGUCGCGAGUCCAACCUGUCCCUCGACAGCGUCGACGAGGCGCCCUCCUCCCCCGACUCUCCAUUCGGCCCCGAUGACCCCAACAUGCGCCGCCUCACCUCAAUGGAUCACGGCCGCAAGACCGUCCAUGUGCGCAGCCGCUCCCACAGCCAGAACCAAUACCCCCAGGCCCAGCUGCUAGCCCUGCAGGCCGAGGAACUGGCCGCCGAACCCCCACCGCCCCUGCCCCGAUCCCCCGCCGCUCCCGUCACCUGGAUGUCGCUGCCGCGCAAGGAUCAAUUGGUGCUGCUGGGUCUCUGUCGCGUCUUCGACUUCCUCCAGAUCGCGUCCCUCCAGGCCUACAUGUUUUACCAGCUCAAGUCUUUCGACGAGAACCUCUCCGACUCCGAUGUUGCAACCCAGGCGGGGAUCCUUCAGGGCGCUUUUACUGCCGCCCAGUUUGCGACGGCCAUCCCCUGGGGUCGCGCUGCGGAUGCCGAGUGGGGUGGUCGUCGCUUUGUCUUGCUGGUCGGCUUGGCCGGUACGGCAAUCUCGUGUCUGGGUGUUGCAUUUGCGACUUCGUUUGCGCAGGCUGUGUUCUGGCGCUCGUUUGGUGGUGCUAUCAACGGCACUGUUGGUAUUAUUCGGACUAUGAUUGCCGAGAAUGUCAAGGAGAAGAAGUAUCAUUCGCGCGCUUUCUUGAUCUUGCCCAUUGGUUUUAAUGUCGCUUCAUUAUUUGGCCCAGUCAUGGGUGGUAUGCUGGCUGAUCCCGUCAAGAGCUACCCCGGCCUCUUCGGACCUAAUUCUACUUUUGGAGGCGAGAAUGGAGUGCAAUGGCUGGAGCGGUAUCCGUAUGCGCUGCCCAUGUUGGCCAACUUCUUUUUCUUGUCUUUCUGCGCUGUUUUGGUUGCUCGUGGACUCGAAGAGACAUUGUCGGCUUGCAAGGGCAAACCAGGCUUGGGUACAUUUGCCCUGAGGCUAAUCACUCGAACUGUGAAGACCGUGCUCCCGCCCUCCUCGUCUUUGUCCAUGCGACUCCCGUUUCACGAUCAUGAUGAGGACGGUCCGCUGCUGGGCCGACAGAUGGACCGCACCGAGAGCUAUGAGCUCGAAGAGAAAGCGUCCAAGCCAGUCCGUCUCCAGCGCGUGUUGCCCUUCCACAGGAUCUGGACCAAGAAUGUCUGGUGUACCCUGCUGGCUCAAGCGUUCUUCGACUUUCAAAUGGGCGCGUUCAACAACCUCUGGUUGCUGUUCCUGUCGACUCCUCGCUACGAUGCCAACGACCCGGCCAGUCCGGCCCGGAGCCUGCCGUUCAUCUUCACCGGCGGAUUGGGCAUGCUGCCACAGAGCGUGGGCUUUGCAACCGCUAUUCUGGGAGUGAUCGGCAUGUUUCUCCAGUUUACGGUCUACCCCAGCAUCAACGGUCGUCUGGGAACCGCCAAAAGUUACCAGUACUUCCUUUCGCUCUUUCCAUUGGCCUAUGCCUUGGCGCCGUAUAUCUCCCUGGCACCAUCUAACACCCCACCCCCGGGCCAGGCCAGCGGCCCCGGGGUCUGGAUCUGGAUUAUUAUCGUCCUCUUCCUCCAGGUCGCCGCCCGGACCUUCACACUCCCGACCUCCAUCAUCCUGCUCAACAACUGCUCGCCACAUCCCUCAGUCCUCGGCACCAUCCACGGCAUUGGCCAGUCCGUAUCAUCCGCCUUCCGCACUGUGGGCCCGAUCUUCUCGGGUGCAUGGUACGGGUAUGGCCUGGACAUUGGAAUGGUCGGCUUUGCCUGGUGGAUGGUUGCCCUGGUGUCCGUGUUUGGGUGCGCGGCCGCUGUCUUUGUCUACGAGGGCUCUGGUCAUGAAAUUCUUCUCCCUGGCGAGGAAGAUGAUCAUCCGCAUGGUCGUCUGUGA